AUGGCCUGUUGCUCGAACUGGUCGCCCACUUCCAAGCGCCUCUGUGCCUUGGGUAGUGCCACGGGUGUGUGCGUGUUUGCGCUCGCGCUCGGCUUGCUGUGGCCAUCGCUGAUAUGGGCAAUUGCCAAGCAGGAGUUUGUGCUGGAACCGGGCACCGAGGUGUACGACAAUUGGAUCGAUCCACCAAUCGACAUGUACCUCGAGAUAUUCCUGUGGAAUUGGACGAAUUCGGAGAACUAUCUUACGGAGAAGCCACACCUGGAGCAGCUGGGACCAUAUACGUUCCUGGAGCGACACGAGCGUGUAAAUCUCGUGUGGAACACUAACGACACGCUGACCUUUCAACAACGGCGUAUAUGGCACUACGUGCCGGAGAAAUCGGUUGGCGAUUAUGAGACGGACCGUGUCAUUACCAUCAAUCCCGUACUUCUGACCGUCGGAUAUGCAUUGCGCGACGAACCAGUAUUUCUCUUCUACGUUGAUGGGAUCAUCAUGGAAAACAAUCUGGCUACGACGCCCUUCUACGAUGUGUUGGUACGCGAGAUGAUCUUCGAGGGGUAUGAUGAUCAGCUGCUCACCAACCUGCUACUGCUGCUAGAAUUGAUCCCACCCGAAGCCCGUCCACCGAUAGAUCUGCCACCGUACGAUCGGUUCGGUUGGUUCUAUGGACGCAACGGUAGCGAAACGUACGACGGUACGUUUACGAUCGGUACUGGCAAAGAUACGGUGCAUAACACCGGCGUGAUGCGUCUCUGGAAUGGAGCAAAUCAGACCGACUACUAUCGUGGCGUUUGUGGCCAGAUACGUGGUACGACCGGGGAAGUAUGGCCACCGUGGGGACGAAGCUUAAGCGGAACACCACCGAACGUGACGGUGUUUGCACCGGACGUCUGCAGCUCGGUUACGCUGCAGUACGCCGAAGAGAUGGAACGGUACGGUAUCGAUGGGUUGCGCUGGGUCGGUAACGAUCGAGUGUUUGAUAACGGUGUACACUACGAGGAGACGGAGUGCCAGUGCACGGCGGAGGAUGUGAACACCUGCCCGGUGCUGGACAAUGGUUCGAUGGAUGUGUCGCGGUGUAAGUUUGGCGCACCGGCAACAGUAUCGUAUCCGCAUUUUUAUUUAGCCAACGAGAGUUAUCUCGCUGGUGUUACUGGUAUGAAUCCGAACGAGAAGGAACACCGGUUCGAGAUGGAGCUGGAACCGUACACGGGCGUACCGUUGGGUGUGAAGGCACAGUUGCAGGUCAACCUGAACGUUAAGCAGUACGGCAUGACAUUGCUAAGGAACAUCCCAGAGGUGAUGCUUCCGGUGCUUUGGUUCCGACAAACGGCGAGCCUCACCGAUGAGCUGGCGGAUGACAUAAAGUUGAUUUUACUGCUUCCGGACAUCGGAGUGUACGUCGCGUACGCUAUUGGAGGCAUCGGAAUAAUUGGUCUAGUGCUAGCGAUGUACUUCUCUGUCACUAGAUGGAAGCUGCAGAAUACGGAACCAGUGCAAACAGAAACCAAAAUGGCACUAGACUAA